AUGCGGUGUUUGAAAAAAUUUAUUGGAAUUUUAAAUAAGUCACAAUAUAUAAUAAAUAGAAAAAAGGAAGUUAAUGUAUUUAAUGCUAUUUAUCAAUGUAAAUACAUAUCUAAUUCAACAUUUCAAGAAUAUAAUGAAAGUGAAGAAGAAAAUAAGAUUUACUCAGACCUGUGCCAAGAUUACUUGGGAACAGUUACUAGAGGAAAUAGAGUAUUUAUAAUACAACCAUAUAUAAAGUGGGGUGUUCAAAAGAAAAGAAGUACUACGCCUGAGUUGCAAUUAGCUGAAGCUGUAGCACUCAUUGAUACUCUACCAUAUUGGAGCAUUGUUGGUAAAAAAAUAGUUCCAUUACUUUCUUUACAAAAAAAACAGUUAGUUGGUUCUGGAACUAUGGAAACUUUGAAGAAAGAUAUUAGAAGUUGUCCACAUGUUACAGCUAUAUUUGUUAGUGCAAAUUUAUUAAAAUUUAUACAAAUUGCAGAACUACAACAAAUUUUCAACUUGCCAAUUUAUGAUCGGUAUUCUAUAAUUAUUCAUAUUUUUCGAGAACACGCAAGAACGUCAGAAGCCAAAUUGCAAGUAGCUUUGGCCGAAAUUCCAUAUAUAAAGAAAAAAAUGAUUGAUUUAGCUAAUUAUCGUAUUCAAAAACGAAUAAAUUUUGAUGAUAAGACAAAGGCUUUUCUCCAUGCCAGAGAAAGAAAAUUAAAAAAUGCACUGGUGAAACUGAAAGAACAUAGACAACUGAUAAAGCGACAAAGAUGUAGGUAUGGUUUCCCAAAUAUUGCUAUCGUUGGGUAUACAAAUGCUGGUAAAACAUCAUUGAUAAAAGCAUUAACAGGAGAUGUUUCGCUACAACCUGAGAACAAGUUAUUUGCCACUUUAGAUACAACGGUACACCAAGGAUUUCUACCAAAUAAUAUGAAAGUAUUAUAUAUCGAUACCAUUGGAUUUAUUCAGGAUGUACCAGAAACUUUAAUAGAGCCAUUUAGAGUAACUCUGGAAGAUGCUAUAAAUGCAGAGAUAAUAAUUCACGUGUUUGAUAUAAGUCAUCCUGAUGUUAAAGCUCAAGUGCAACAUGUUCAAAAAACAAUACAAUCUAUGGUGGAUGAAAAUAAACUAAUAAUUAACGUUGCUAAUAAAUGUGAUUUAGUUGAAAAAAAUGCGAUAAAAAGUGUUGUACCAGAGGAUGCAUUUAUCAUUUCUACAACUAAAUUAACAGGCCUCGAUUUGUUACGAUCGAAAUUAGAGGAAGACGUUAUAAAUGCCGCUAAUAUAAUAAAGAAACGUAUCAGAGUAAGGACUGGAAGUGUAGAAGCAUCAUGGUUAUACAAGCAGACGACAGUUUUAAGUGCUGAACCUGAUUCCAAUAAUUCACAAUAUUUAAUAAUGGAUAUACUUAUGACAACACCUAUAUUUUAUGAAUUUAAACGGGUUUUUCAUCUUUAA